CCGCUCCGGCCCGGCCAUGGCGCAGCGCGCCCGGGCGCGCCCCGGCUGAGCGCCCCGUCCGUCCCUUCCCGUCCCUUCUUCCCGUCGCUUCCCGUCCCGUCCGUGCCGUCCCGCCCCGCGGACCUUGGCCGGGGAUGCUGGCGGGAUGUCGGGCGCCGGGGCGGCCGUGCUGGCCUGGGCGCUGCUGGCCGGGGCACUGCUGCCCCCGCCGCCCGUCCGGCCCCAGCCCCUGCCCCGCGGGGACCGCGAAGUGCACGAGAAGGAAGCGCAGUUCAACACCACCUACAGCGACUGGGUGCACGCCAGCCUGCUCAACAUCUACGCCUUCAACCACAGCGUCCGGAGGAAUCGGACCGAGGGCGUGCGGGUGUCGGUCAAUGUCCUCUCGGACCAGAAGGACCAGCCCGUCCUCUUCGUGGUGAGGCAGAAGGAGGCGGUGGUCUCCUUCCAGGUGCCGCUCAUCCUCCGGGGCCUGUACCAGAGGAAAUACGCGUACCAGGAGGUGAGCCGCACGCUCUGCCAGCCGCAGACCAAGGCCGAGGUGGAGACCCAGCACUUCUACGUGGAUGUCUCCACGCUCUCCCUCAACACUUCCUACCAGCUGCGGGUCACCCGUGUGGAGAACUUCGUGCUGCGGACCAAUGAAAGGUUCAGCUUCAAUGCCACGGCCGCCCAGCCGCAGUACUUCAAGUACGAGUUCCCCGAGGAGGUGGACUCGGUGAUCGUGAAGGUGACCUCAGCCAUGGCCUUCCCCUGCUCCGUCAUCUCCAUCCAGGACAUCCUGUGCCCCGUCUACGACCUGGACAACAACGUGGCCUUCAUCGGGAUGUACCAGACCAUGACGAAGAAGGCGGCCAUCACGGUCCAGAAGAAGGAUUUCCCCAGCCAUAGCUUCUAUGUGGUGGUGGUGGUGAAGACGGAGGACGAGGCGUGCGGGGGGGCCCUGCCCUACUACCCCCUCUCCAAGAAUGCCUCUCCAGAUGAACCUGUGGAUCAGCACAACCGGCAGAAGACGCUGGAGGUGAUGGUGUCACCCGCCAUAACCUCCGAGGCCUACGUGCGCAGCGUUCUCUUCUGCCUCGGCAUCUUCCUCUCCUUCUACAUCCUCACGCUGCUCAUCGCCUGCUGGGAGAGCUGCCGGCAGCACAAGAGGAAGGGGCUCCUGGCAGCCAUGGAUUCGCCCAGCCUGGACACAGCAUCGCUCCUGGGUCACUCCCGUAGCAUCCCCGACUCCUUCCUGAACCGUGGCCCCUACGACAGCUACGGUUACGGCUCCUUCGGGAACGGCUCCUCCAGCAGCACCGAGGGCAUCACAGACAGCCUGGGCUCAGCAGAAGUCUCCUACAGUUACGUGGGGCAGGAGCAGUUCAAGCGGCGCACGCCCUCCGCCCCGACGAGGCCGCUGAGCAUUCCCAUGGGGGAGCGGUCACUGGAGAACGUGGCCGGCCGGCCGCGCCUGGACUCGCUCAGCUCUGUGGAGGAGGACGACUACGACACGCUGGCCGACAUCGACUAUGACAAGAAUGUCAUCCGCACCAAGCAAUACCUGUGCGUGGCCGACCUGGCGCGCAAGGACAAGCGGGUGCUGCGGAAGAAGUACCAGAUUUAUUUCUGGAACAUCGCCACCAUCGCUGUCUUCUACGCCCUCCCCGUCAUCCAGCUCGUCAUCACCUACCAGACGGUGGUGAAUGUCACUGGCAACCAGGACAUCUGCUACUACAACUUCUUGUGCGCCCACCCUCUGGGGAACCUCAGCGCCUUCAACAACAUCCUCAGCAACCUGGGCUACGUGCUGCUGGGUUUGCUCUUCCUGCUGAUCAUCCUGCAGCGCGAGAUCAACUACAACCGCGCGCUCCUGCGCAACGACGCCCACGCCCUGGAGUGUGGCAUCCCCAAGCACUUUGGGCUCUUCUACGCCAUGGGCACCGCCCUCAUGAUGGAGGGGCUGCUCAGCGCCUGCUACCACGUCUGCCCCAACUACACCAACUUCCAGUUCGACACCUCCUUCAUGUACAUGAUCGCGGGGCUCUGCAUGCUGAAGCUCUACCAGAAGCGUCACCCGGACAUCAACGCCAGCGCCUACAGCGCCUACGCCUGCCUGGCCCUCGUCAUCUUCUUCUCCGUGGUGGGCGUGGUCUUUGGGAAGGGGAACACGGCCUUCUGGAUCGUCUUCUCCGUCAUCCACAUCGUGGCCACGCUGCUGCUGAGCACCCAGCUGUACUACAUGGGGCGCUGGAAGCUGGGUGAGGGGGGGGCACCGCGAGCGAGGUGGGAGGGGACAAUGUGGUGGCCCCCCGGUGUCACCUCCCCUCUCCCCACAGACUCGGGCAUCCUGCGCAGGAUCCUGCACGUGCUGUACACGGACUGCGUGCGGCAGUGCAGCGGGCCCAUGUACGUGGACCGCAUGGUGCUCCUGGUCAUGGGGAACAUCAUCAACUGGUCACUCGCUGCCUACGGCCUCAUUGUCCGCCCCAAUGAUUUUGCUUCCUACCUGCUGGCCAUCGGCAUCUGCAACCUCCUCCUCUACUUCGCCUUCUACAUUAUCAUGAAGCUCCGCAGUGGCGAGUGCAUCAAGCUCAUCCCCCUGCUCUGCAUCAUCAGCACCUCCGUGGUCUGGGGCUUCGCUCUUUUCUUCUUCUUCCAGGGGCUCAGCACCUGGCAGAAAACACCAGCUGAAUCCCGGGAGCACAACCGUGACUGCAUCCUGCUCGACUUCUUCGACGACCACGACAUCUGGCAUUUCCUCUCCUCCAUCGCCAUGUUCGGCUCCUUCCUGGUGCUGCUGACGCUGGACGAUGACCUGGACUGUGUCCAGCGGGACAAGAUCUACGUCUUCUAGGAGCCUGCAGCCACCCGCUGCCCUGGGACUGUGCCAAACGCCCGGCUGCAACCCCGGGAGGGGCACCCACCCCUGGGGAGGGAUGUCUGUGCUGCAGGUCCUGCCAGCCACUCUGUCCCCCUCCCCACACAGCGCUGGGGUCCUGGUUUGCCUCCUCCCUGUCAGCCGGGUCCCUCCAGGCACUUCGUGCCCAUCCCUGGGCCCGUCACAGCCAAAAAUGGGGCUGGGGGGCCACCAGAGCAUCCGUCCUCUGUGGCAAGUGACACUGGAAAAGGUGCUGCUGCUGCUGCUCCGUGUCCGUGUGCCCGUGGGCACAGCGGGGGGAUUGGGGCGAGCGCCGUGCCAGCAGCCCCGUGGCCCCCCGAGCACGUGGGUGUGGGUCUCUCUUCAGUGCCUGAGUCGAGUGGGUGGGAGGUGGGGGCGCGUGGGGCCAGCACGGUGGUGGCAGUGGCUCGUGUCCCCUCCGGCGCCCCAGGAGGGGUGGCCGCAGUGGGCCCCCGUCGCUCCCCGCCGAGGUGCCGCGCUCCCCGCGCGUGGAUCUGCUGGGAAGGGACUCGCAUUAAAGUGUCUGCACUUUG